AAUAUGUAACCUUCAAAUUAGAGAGGCACUAUUUUGUGUGCGCGUACGCUUACGCGAAGUAACUAUAUUACGAAAGAUUUUGAAGUUUCAUUAAUGUCAUCUUCCUGGAAGAAAAAUAAAAAGAACGUAUUGACGCGACGGCCUCGACAUGUCGUCGGGAAAGAAGAAAAGUAUCGUCAGGAAAGAGACAAUUCCGAUAGAGAAGACGAAGAAUCAGAAGAAGGAGAAUGGCCUCUUCCUUUCCUUGUUGCCAUGUGGGAUCUCGGACACUGCGAUCCUAAGAAAUGUUCCGGUAGAAAACUUGUUAGAUACGGCUUGGUGAAAUUAUUGAGGUUAGGUGCUCGAUUUCCAGGCUUAGUCCUCACUCCGGUUGGCCAAAAGUGCGUGAGCCCAACAGAUCACGAUAUUGUACGUGAAUAUGGUUGUGCGGUCAUUGACUGCAGUUGGGCACGUUUAGAUGAUACUCCGUUCGGUAGAAUGAGGACGCCCAAUCCUCGUCUUUUGCCAUUCUUAGUUGCUGCAAAUCCAAUAAAUUAUGGCAAACCGUGUCAAUUGAGUUGCGUGGAAGCUAUAGCUGCUACUUUAAUUAUAACAGGUUUUCCGGACGAGGCAAAAUUUUAUCUGGGAAAGUUUUCUUGGGGCCACGCAUUUUUAGAAUUGAACGAGGAAUUGUUAAAGAAAUAUUCGCUUUGUACAAACUCGGAAGAAAUAAUAGCCACCCAGGAAAAGUUUCUUGCCGAUGCAAGACAAGAAAAAAUUGACAGACAUGCUGUUUCAGAUUUUCCACCGACGGAUUCCGAAACAGACGACGAGAAGGAGGAAGAAUCAGUGCUUACGAAUACCGUUUCCCAAAUAGAUAAGCAAUUGAACGAUAUAAAUAUAACAUAAAAAUUGUACAUAUUUUUUUAUUUUGUACUUAAUACAAAAUCCGUUACGUUACACGUUUAUAUAUUACUCGUCGUAAAUAAACAGUAAAGAUCGUACAUCGAGCAACAGCGAAAUGCGAUUCUUUACGUUAACUACGCUAUAUUCGAAUAUCGCGCUUAAUUCUUGGCUAAUGAGGGAUUUCGAACACAUUUAAUUCGAAGCUUUCGAAAUCUUAAGCUACGUAUAAUGAACGUUUAAUAAUUAUUUAGUUUUCCAAUUUUACUAAUUUUGAUAAGUUUUAGCUAUAUUAUGGGGAACAGAGUUUUUCAUAAUUGUUGCUUGUAUUAUAUGUAUAUUGUCCAACGUCCAAUAAGAUUCGAAGCUAUUCGA